AGCAGAGAUGAAAGCCACGACUGUUUUUCUUCUGCUGCUUUCAUGGGUUGCAUUCGGUUCAACUCAGACCUCUUCGACAGUCGGGACAUCUCCCGGUACAAGUGAUGCGAAUACGGUAACUUCGGCUACCGGUUCAACUGGUAUGACUACGGCUAACGUCACGGAGCUCGAGACCACCGCUGUCCUUAACUCAACAACAACGCUACAGCCGACUCGUACCACCACUCCAGAACCUACUGCUUGCACUUUCGCUACAUGGACUGUUUAUGAUAAUGGAAGUAUUUGCAUGCGUAUGUCCUUUGGUGGAUCUAUUACAUAUGAAUACAGUGAAAAUAAUGAAACAACAGUGGACAUACCAAAAGAAGCAACCUCUCGCAAUUCAAGUUGCACUGAAAAUAGUUCUAUAUUCGUGAUGUCUUUUCCUUCCGAUGAUGAUAUCUGGCAGCUCCAACUUCACUUCGACAUAGAGGGCAGCAAAUAUCAUUUAGAGAAAGUCGCGUUUGAUUUGAUGACAAUGGAAGGUGAAAUCAUCGAUACUCUGAAUGUUACAGGGGAAUUUUUCUCUGUACCUCUUGGGGAGCAUUAUGUGUGUGAUAGGUUAUCGUUUGAUCUCGACACUGCUAUGAUAGAGCUAUCUUCGCCCCUCUUCCAACCAUUUGUCGAACACACUACGGAUGGCUGCGGUCACGCUCAUGAGUGUGAUGAUGAUGAUCCAAACGUUGGCCUCAUCGUUGGUUGUUGUAUCGCGGGAGUUGCAGCGGUGGUUGUAGGGGGAAUCAUAGUCUAUCUUAUCAAGAACCGCAAGAAGGAUAGCUACGAUAACAUAUAAGUUCUAUAUUUCAGUUUUAUUUCUGUUCUCGAAGAUAAAUACCAACAAAUCAGUAUGAGCAGAUGAACAUUUGAAAACAUUUGCCAAUAUGAUUUUACUUAAUUUCUCAAACAAGACAUUAAGUUGGUAAAGAUCAAUGAAAUCAACUUUUAUCACUAAAGAAAAAACGAACGUUAAAAAGUCAUCAUCGUGAUUAUAAACGAUCAACAUUGAGAUUAUGUCGACUGGCGGAUCUUCCUUUCUUGUCGUAAAUUGUAUACACCACAAAGUUCAUUGGCGAUGGGCUAGUGCGAAAGAAAGGUUCACCAGUCGUUCUUAAAGUCGCUCUUGAAUUUCGAACUCUAUAUGACCCCCCCCCCCCUAUAAUGAUUCAAAGUAAUUUGCAUGUUAACUUGGUCAUUUGCAUUCUUUUUUUUUCUUCAACCAACACAGAUGAACUUCCACGGUCGUAUACAUGUAUAUAUUUGGAAGUUUCUUUAAUAUGAAGGUAAUGAUAUAUCCAUCGACCAUAAUUAUUAGCAAUAAAGAAAGAAAUGCUUAAAAUCCAUUUUGCAUACAGUUGUUAUGUCAUACAAGCCUCUGGUAAGCCUACACGUUGUCAAGAAUAACAUUUAGUGCAAACUUAUAUGUACAAAAUUUGAAUAUCUUAAUUAAUUAACAAGCCUAUGAAAUAGCGCAGUAUUAUGUAGGUUAUGUGCAAAUUAUUGAAUUGACAUUAUAAAGUCACUGGUUUUGUUUUUCUUUGUAUAAAAGUUUCUGUUCCAAACGUGGUUUCUCUCGCCAAUGAAUACGUAUUUAGCUCAUUCUUAAAGACAUAAAUAAUUCAUGCAGAAUAUUAAUAUUGUGACCACCAUUUUAACGGUUAUUUUUGUUUUUAUUUUGACGGUAAAUCGCUGUCAAAUUGCUGCACGACUUUCCACCGUAAACUUUACAGCUUAUCGUUAAAGGGAUGGUGCGGGCUGAAAAUAUUUAUAUCUAAUUGAAUAGAGAAAAAUUCACAGAGCAAAAUGCUGAAAAUUUCAUCAAAAUCGGAUAACAAAUAACAAAGUUAUUGAAUUUUAAAGUUCAUCAAUAUUUUGUGAAAACAGUUAUAUGCACAUCGUCAUGAAUAUUCAUUAGGUGGGCUGAUGAUGUCACAUCCCCACUUUCCUUUUUCUUAUGUUAUUACGUGAAAUCAUAAAUGUUUAAAUUUUGUAAAUGAUGUGUCUCCAUUAUGAUGAAAUAAGUUGCGGCAAUAAAUAUAAAUAACUAAUGCACUUAAUCAGUUGUCAAUCCAAUUGUUUUAGUUCUUGGUAGAAUUUUUUUGAAUAAACCUAAUUUCAUAUAAGAAAAGACAAAAGAACAAGUGGGGAUAUGACACCCACCUAAUGAAUAUUCAUAAAGACCUGUCUAGAACUGUUUCACCGGAAUAAUGCAAAUCUUUGAAAUUCAAUAACUUUGUUAUUUGUUAUCUGAUUUUGAUCAAAUUUUCAGCAUUUUGCUUUGUGAAUUUUACUCUAUUUAUUGAGAUAUAAAUAUUUCCAGCCUGGACCAUCCCUAUAAAAAACACUGGGAGCUUUUACAAUGAUUUCACCGUCAAUUUGAGUCUCUCGUAAAUUUUACGUUAUUUUCACCGUAAACUCGGUCCGAAAAAAUCACGGUUUACACGUAAAAUCUCGCAGAAUUUUUUUCACAAUGUAAUGACUUAUGGCGGUUUGUAGUCGAUUUUGCGGGUGAGACCGAGAUACCGUUUGCCACGUUAUCCGUAUGAUGAAUUCAUCUUUCAUCAAAUAUAAAUCAUACCUUUUACAUGUUACAUGCCUUAUUUUUGUACAGGUUUGCAAUAUGCUUAAAUUGCAUUCCAUUAUAUUCUAAAAUCAUUAAGUUAAUGAUAUAUGCAGGGGCGGAUCCAGGAUUUUCAAAAAGGGGGGCACAUUUUCCCCAAGAAAAUAAAAUGACAAGCAAAAAAAAAAAGAAAAAGGUUUUCAUCCAAAAUUUAAAACAUUUCGUCCACGAAAAUGUUGACAAAGGUUUUCAACCAAAAUUUAAGGUCAUUUACGGAAAAUUUGACAACCAAAGUGGAUAUAAUAUAACAAUCGUCGGUUAUAUCAGUGUAGAUCAAGUUUAGUUCACUGUAUUUCGUUCAUAUUAGGUUCGUUAGUUUUAAACUAUAAUGUCAUCUUAGGUGGUUUACAUUUUUUUUAAUAAUGUAUAUAUCAGAUGGAAAUGUUCUACGCUAGUAAUAUUAAUGUAGACGAGGUUUAGUCCAAUGUAUGAAUGUAUGAUUGGGCAAUUGUGUUGUGCAAAGGUAACGGUACAUUAAAUCGCCAAAUGUGAAAUGACA